CAAAGAUGGCGCGGAACUGCGAGAAAAAGUUGAUAGGCCUCAACAGAUUAUGGCUAGCCAAACAACAAAAAGAGGAGGAGGAGAGCCGGCCCAGAAGACCGCAUCUGCGUUCUCUGAACAGUGCUGCAGAGGUUAAAAAGUGGAUUCCUGGAAUAAAGAAGGAAUUGGAUUAUUAUUUAGAUCAACUCUCUGGAGCGAGAAAACAUAGGUAUCCUGAUACAAAAAUGAAAGAAUUUGAAAAGAAGGUGGAAGAACUUGAAAAUGAAUACAAAAGGUUUGUUAAAAAGGUUUAUGAAUUAGAUCCUAGCACAACAAGUGUUCCAUGGCAACCAAGAGGUUAUGUUAGUAAACGGAAAACUGCAGAUUGCUCCCAAACAGGAGUGAAACUUAAAAAGAUCUGCACUCCUUUGACGGAUAAGGAGGAUGCAAAGUCGUUAGAAGGGCAAAGUGGGGAAUUGAAAGAGACAGCCGAGGUUAGAUUCACAGACUGCAACAACACAACACAUCAUUCAAAUGACACAGUAAAGAAUUAUGGAAGUGAUUUUGAACAGCAGAGGGAUAAAGUACACAUACUGGAUGUUCAACCCAAACAUGCACUUGGUUUGGAUUAUGAUUCUUCCAGUGACUCAGAUGAUUCUUAGCACAGUCAGUAUUUAUGGGACUCAAGGUAGAACUAUGGAACUAAUUUCAAGUAUGACAGCAAAACAAGGUUCUCGAGUGUUUCUUUUGAGAUCUUUUGAUGUAGAAGAACAAAGUUUGCACUAAAAUUUAAAAUGUUGGAUAAAAUUUUGUUUUGUAAUAACCUUUAGUUGUAAGCACAAAAAAUCAAACAGAGACAGAAGAUAUAGGUGUAUGAAAGAGAAUUCUUAUUUAUUUUAGGAAAUUUUGCUAGAUUUGAAAAUAACUUUGUAAAUAUAUAUAAAUAGGAAAAGAAGAGAGGAAGGAAAAAAACAAACUGUAAAUAGAAAUACAAUAAUAAAAAUUUCAAAGGGCGGUGUACAUAUGCAGGCUCCCUGGCCUAUUUUCAGUCUGCGGCUCUACUAAUGACUGAAAAUGGCUUGCACAGUCUCCCAAGUUUUUUUAACCUUGCCAUGAGCCAGAGACUGUCAAUUUGUUUUGAUUUGAACAUUUUCUUUUGAAUGUCAUCACAUCAAUGUUUGUUUGUUUGUUUUUUGCAACAAAGCCAUUCAAGCACUUUAGGGUGCACUGGCUGGCUUUUUCUGAACCGGCUCAUGUCAACUUACGUUAUGGUUUUCUGUGAGGGACCAUAUGGGUCAUAUGAUGAUGCUUUGACCCCUUAUUGAGCACUAGUCCUUAGAAUUUCUCUCUCUUUAAUUGUUGUAACUGAGACAGACUUUGUCUUUAUGACAGAUGACUCAAGUAACACUUUUGCGAUGUGAGGAAAUUUAAAGGCCAAGCUUUUGGGCUACCCAUAACUUAACCAACCUACACCUUUAGGCAACCCUACCCUAAGGCUAUCCUUAUGAUAGAUGACUAAAAGUAACACUUUUUCGGUGUGAGGAACUUUAAAAUCA